AAAGUUUUUCACGCAUAUGCAAAAAACAAUAAUGCCUUGUGUGUGCGAUCAAAAGGUUGAUAGAAAUCUUCCUAAAGAGCAGAAAGUGCAGUGUGCAAAGUGCAAUGAUCUCUUCCACGCCACUUGUGUUGGUAUUCGUCCGGCUGAUGUCGAAUUUUUGCAAAGUGCUGGUCAGUGUUUUUUUUGUGAAGCUUGCACUAUUCUGCGUCGGACUUCCCUCCGUUCACCUCCUCCACCUAUUACAAAGGAGAAAACGUCAACCGUCAUCACUAGUUCUUCCUCUUCUAAUUCUCCGAAGUCUGGAGAUUCUACGAAGCAUAGUGAUAAUUCUCUUAUUAAUGCCGUGAGCCAGCAAACAAUAAAUUCUCUGUUUAAUCUAAUAGCAUCUCUUCAAACAGAAAAUGCUAGUGUGUUAAAGUCGGUGAGUGCGCUAAAUGAAGCUAAUAAUAACCUGGUGCUGGAAUCGACAAAAAUAUAUUCGGCCCUUCAAUCCAUUCAAAGUAAACUUGCCGAUAAAGAUAAAAUUAUUGCUGCGCUAACUUCUGAAGUAAAGAGUCUGCGAGUUUCUUUCAAUGCUGCUUUUGAUAAGCUAAGAGUAAACAGUGAAACUAAUUACUCCUCGAUGCCAGUUAAUUCAAUGUCAACUUGUGCUUCCUCUGCUCCAUCUUUCGUUGGCGCACUUUCCUAUGCUCAUAUUAUUUCAUCAAACAUGAGCACCGACUCUAAUAAUAUUCCCACAAUAACAACAAUGGGUUGCCCAAUGCAAUCAACAGCGUCGUGCACUGUGACGUCGGCAAUAACUGAUGUUAUCUCAGUUUUUGCUCUCCCAUCUUCUUCUACGGCUGAUGCUAAUGCUUGUGCGCUGAAAGAUAAAGCUAAUGCUUGCGCUGCUUCAACUACGGCUACAGUGACUGCGGCGCCAGUAUCCGAAGCUUCUGCUUCUCCUCCUUUACCUGUUUUUGGCACUGACAAUGACACAGAUAAUGCUCAGUGGGUGAAGGUAUCGAAUAAACGGGCUAGAAAAAACAGCAAUAAGAAUGCCUGUGGUACUGCUACUACUACUACUACUUCUACGACUGCAGUGACUGCGGCGCCAGCAUCUGACGCAGCUGCUUCCUCUCAUAUGCCUACUGAUGUGACGAAUAAUGUGACUGGCAAUGCACAAUGGGUAAAGGUGUCGCAUAAACGGCAUAACAAUAAUAAUAAUAUUCGCAUAAGAGGAACUAGUGAUAAUACUGAUCUAAUUGUCGCUGACCGCUACAAAUUGCUUCAUUUGGCCUCUUUUUCUCCAUCCGUAUCUGAGGAUGACAUUAAAAAUUAUGUAGCUAAACAAAUUGAUUUAGACAGAACUCUAAUCUCAUGCUCUAAACUAAUUAAAAAAGAUGUCUCAGCUCAAUCCCUGAAUAGGAUUAAUUUUAAAUUAGGAGUCCCUGAGUCCUGUUAUGAAAAAUUACUAUGCCCGGAUAUCUGGCCAACAAAUGUUACCGUUAAGCCUUUUCUGAAUUUUCGGAAGGGUCGACGAAAGCUAUUACGGACGUAGCAAGUAGUACCCGACUAAUUUAUCUGGUAUGAGAACCAAGUCUGAAAUGGUGCACAACUUUAGUGAGCAAAUGAAUUACGACAUCUUUGUUUUCGUCGAAACAUGGUUGAAUGAGAAUUUUUUUGACGGUGAAUUCUUCAACUCAAAUCUGUUCAAUGUAUUUCGUAAAGAUCGUGAUGCUGAAAAAACUGGCUGCCUUCGAGGAGGUGGUGUUCUUAUUGCCAUUAAGCGUCAACUGCAAGCGUCUUUGGUCACACUUUCGAAUGGUGAUUCUUUACUGGAUCAGCUUUGUGUUUGUGUUAACGGUUCCACACCGCAAGACUCUUUGUAUCUUCUUGCGUCGUACGUGCCCCCGGGCAGCUCUUUCGAAUUAUACAAGGCCCACGCAGAUAACAUUGCUUCAUUAGUCUUAAACAACGUUAAGGAGCAUCACCUCUGCGUGCUCGGCGAUUUUAACCUACCUAAUAUUAAUUGGUCAACCAGCAUUUCUAAUAAUUACGGUCUCACGCCAAAUAAUGUCAACUCAAGUCAAGAAUUGUAUUUCAUCGAUAAUGUACUUAGUCUUAACUUAAUUCAAAUUAAUAAUUAUUUUAAUUCUCUAAAUAGGCUACUGGAUCUUAUAUUUAUAAGUGACAAUUUUUGUUGUGAAGUUAGUGAGUGCCUGAAUCCAGUUACUUCUAAGGACAGACAUCAUCUACCACUUGUUGUCGAGUUUAGAUUUUAUCAUUUUCCUCCGGUUACUACUGUGAGUAGACCAAUCUUUAAUUAUUCUUCGUGUGACUUUGUAAGUCUUAAUGAUAUUUUACUUGAAAUAAAUUGGGAGGAGCUACUUGGUGGGCUUGAUACAUCUGUCAGCUUUUCCGCUUUCAAGUCGAUCGUAUACACCCAAUGUUUAGAUAGGAUCCCCCUGCGGGUAAAAAGAGCCUAUAAAUUACCUUGGUACACUAAAGAAUUAAAUAAACUCAAGAAUCUUAAAAACAAAUUCUUAAAAAAAUUUCAUAAGAGUAAGAAUAACUUCUUCUUCAGUAAAUAUAAGCUAUACUUAAAGGAUUUUAAUAUUUUGAAUAAAACUCUUUAUUCCGAGUAUAUGCGCAAAAUAGAGGGAAACAUUAAAUCGAAUCCCAAAAGUUUUUGGAAAUAUCUUAAGGACAAAAAAAGUUCCGCUAGUGUGCCUACCGGAGUUUUCCUUGAUGAUUACUCGGCGAAAACUCCGGAUGAGGCAGCUAACUUAUUUGCCGAUUUUUUUAAAUCGAAUUUUUCUGUGGACGAUAGUAGUCUGCCGCUUGAUUUAUCGAAUAGUCUGAACUCUGCCUUAAAUUUCGGAGCUCUACAUCUUUCUUCCGAGGAUAUUAUUAGAGCUGUUAACGAUCUCAAAUCUUCUUCUCAAACAGAUUUAGACGGAUUUUCCCCCAUCUUAUUGAAAAAUUGUCCGGCCCUGGUUUUUCCUCUUCAACUUAUUUUCAACAAAUCACUCUCGUCUGGGAUCUUUAUUGACGAUUGGAAGGUUACGUCUAUUACGCCUGUCUUCAAAAGUGGCAACAAAAAUGAUGUGCGUAACUACAGGCCCAUUUCCAAACUGACCACCGUC